AUGGAAGAUGCAUCAUCUUAUACUCCAACAUAUGCAGAAAUAGUCUUUUCGGACGCUAAAGCAACUUCAUCAGCAACUUCACAGUUUUCAACGCCGGACAUUAACUCCGUCAUCGAUGAACUCGUCGUACUACUUGGUCGUGAUGAAGCUAUUAGGUCUCUGUGCUCCCAAGCAGUGAAAAGAGAGUCAAUUGGACGGGAGCGGUUGAAGAAAAAUUUGCGGCGUCUAUUGAAGCUCUAUGCUACUGAGUUAAAAAGCGCUGCGAAAGGAUUCCUUCAGAAUCUAGCUGCUCAAUUUGUGCUGUCUCACUCGCGGUAUAUCUCAGCUGGUAUUAUAACAUUGUCUGAACUGGCAUAUCAACCCUCACAGGAAGAGACCUCCGCCUUCUUCGUCGAGACGCGACAAGCGAAGGUGAAAGAACUUCUGCAGAGAAUCAACGAGUCCGACUCAGAAGAUGAUGAGGAUACUGGACCGUCUCUUGAUACCUUAGAAGGCGUACAUGAAUUUUUGAUUUCCGGCCCGGCAUUCGAUCAUUUGCGAGAAAAUAUCUGGCACUUUGUCAAUGGACAACCAAUCAUCAGUGUUCAACAUGCAACAAUGAGUCAACUUAAUCACUCAAGAUUUUCUCAGAAGAAUGCUCACGAUAACCAAGAGGAACGAAUUUCCCGUCGUCAGCACCUCAAAUAUGAUACGCAGGUUGCGCAUAUCAUGCGGCCUACUCUCUUUCCGUGGGUGACGACUCUCAAGCGGCAGAUACAGCGAUGGGCGCGGCCCCAAGUCAAGGAAGGCCUCCGACGUUUUGAGUGGAACUGUACAUGCGGAAAAGAAUUAUACCGCGAUUUCGAUCAAAACAUCGACCCCGAAACCCUUCGUGAUUUCCACCAUAUCUUUGAGCAACAGAAAUCCUUCGUUAGAGCAGAUGCCACAGGAGAGCAAAAGCCUACUGAGGAGACUGUACCUGAUCGAUCAGAUAAUCAACCGCACACCACCAAGAUGCCGACCCUUAGGCAUACCAGCAACAGUCUUCAGCUGAGUCCGCAGGUAGGAUGCAAAACAUCGCCAACAAGACAAGGCCAGCCAAUCAAGCCGAAAUAUCUGGAGUUGUGCAUAAAUACGGGGCAGUAUUCCACCAGUCUGGGAGAAAUCGACCUGAGUCAUGUAAAGAGCGACGGCGAGCUUUUUAUCAAAAUUCGAGAACGAUAUCGUGAAAUGCGUCCCUUCCGUCUACGAAGGAUUUUUUCUAAGCCUGUCGAUGUCCAUUUUGUCCGUUUUUGCCUACAGCGGACGUAUCAAGUUGGUAUCCACGGUAAACCUAUGGAAAUGCCACCGGAGGAAGAGGUGAGGAAGAAUCACUAUGAGUUCAACUGCCCCCUCCCUCCUCCUAUGGGACCGCGAGAGUUUCUACAUUACUUUUACUUCUGUGAGGCGGGUGCACAUCCGCACUCGACUUAUUUAGAACGACUUCCCAAGAAAUUGGAAACGAGCAUGUAUCAGCUCCAGCCAGAAGGGUUAACAUUCGGGUGGGGGAUACAUAUCAUUGAAGGCCCCAACAAGGCAAUAUUGAGUUGGGCGUGUUGCUUGAUUUUGUUGUCAAGCUUCGUGGUAUCGGUGACAUAUGCGGUCGUAAUGAAGACACAGGAGCAAGGAUUUGGCAUCGGUCAGUGGAUGGUGGCUGUUCUGUGCGCUGCCCUAUCUGCGCUGUACUACCAGUGGGAAGACAUCUGA